AUGAGGAACCGCAACUCUCGCUCUACUUAUGUGGACCUGGCUCAAGAACCAAAUCCAGAAGCCUCGGCUACAUCUACGCUUCCAUUCAGGCUCCAUUUCUACCAUGAACUUGAUGACUGGCAGAAAGACAACCACUAUAUCAAGUCGGGGUAUGUACGUGAAACUUCAUCUCUACGCAAAUGCCUUGAAUCCUUGCUUUACCUUCACAACGAAACGGUUAACAUUUACAGCCAUUUGAUCCCAUCGUCGUUCCUUUUGGCCGCUGUCAUCUGGUACAUCAACCACCGUUUACCCAUCUAUGACAACUACCUUGGAGUGUGGGAAAAAUUGAAUUUCGUACAAUUUGGAGUGGCCUGUACCCUCUGUCUUUUCAUGUCGUCCACUUUCCACUGUAUCAAAUCACACUCACACAAGGUUAGCCGUAUUGGAAACCAAUUAGACUACUUUGGAAUCGUAAUUUUGAUAACCUGUUCCUUGAUUUCCAUCAUCUUGUUUGCGUUUUAUGAUCAGCCAUUCUACAGAGGAUUGUUCGUGCUUUUGUUCUUAACCUUUGGGACUGCCUGCACUGUACUUACUCUCCACCCCAAGUUCGCUACCCCCUUGUAUCGUCCGUACAGAUCUUUGAUGUUUAUCUUGUUCGGCUUAUCGGGAAUUUUUCCAGUCAUAGCCGCAACGAAGUUGUAUGGGUUCGAGCCUGCUGCAGAGAGGGCAAAUGUUACCUGGUUAGCCCUUGAGGGUUUCUUCUAUAUUUUUGGUGCUGUGCUUUAUGCUGCCAGAAUUCCCGAGAGAUUCUCACACACUGAAGAGGACGAGCAGAGUUUGUUGAAUAAUCCUUCUGCAGGAAGAUGGGACAUUUUUGGUGCGUCUCAUCAGAUCUUUCAUGUCAUGGUUGUUAUCGCCGCUUAUUGCCAUUGGAAGGCGUUAUUGGGCUGCUACCAUUAUUUGCAUCUAGUGACAUUGCAUGCCUAGUAUCCGCUUCCUGCAUAAUCUGAUCCUGCAUUUAAUGACCCCAACAUAUCCGAGC